AUGAACCAAUCAGCGGCCUCCAUAACCAGGAACCACCAUGAACCAAUCCCGAGCCAAACUAUAGAUCCCGGUAGUACAAUCAGAUUAGUUCUUCACAUACAAUCGAGAAUUCCAGCCGCAGCAUACAACAGCCGCAGCAUACAACAGACGCAGCAUACAACAGACGCAGCAUACAACAGACGCAGCAUACAACAGACGCAGCAUACAACAGCCACAGCAUACAACAGACGCAGCAUACAACAGACGCAGCAUACAACAGACGCAGCAUACAACAGCCGCAGCAUACAACAGACGCAGCAUACAACAGACGCAGCAUACAACAGACGCAGCAUACAACAGACGCAGCAUACAACAGACGCAGCAUACAACAGACGCAACAUACAACAGACGCAGCAUACAACAGCCGCAGCAUACAACAGACGCAACAUACAACAGACGCAACAUACAACAGCCGCAGCAUACAACAGCCGCAGCAUACAACAGACGCAGCAUACAACAGACGCAGCAUACAACAGCCGCAGCAUACAACAGACGCAGCAUACAACAGCGCAGCAUACAACAGCCGCAGCAUACAACAGACGCAGCAUACAACAGCCGCAGCAUACAACAGCCGCAGCAUACAACAGCGCAGCAUACAACAGCCGCAGCAUACAACAGACGCAGCAUACAACAGCCGCAGCAUACAACAGACAGCAUACAACAGCCGCAGCAUACAACAGCCACAGCAUACAACAGCCGCAGCAUACAACAGACGCAGCAUACAACAGCCGCAGCAUACAACAGCCGCAGCAUACAACAGACGCAGCAUACAACAGCCGCAGCAUACAACAGACGCAGCAUACAACAGCCGCAGCAUACAACAGACGCAGCAUACAACAGCCGCAGCAUACAACAGACGCAGCAUACAACAGCCGCAGCAUACAACAGACGCAGCAUACAACAGACGCAGCAUACAACAGCCACAGCAUACAACAGCCGCAGCAUACAACAGACGCAGCAUACAACAGACGCAGCAUACAACAGCCGCAGCAUACAACAGCCGCAGCAUACAACAGCCGCAGCAUACAACAGACGCAGCAUACAACAGCCGCAGCAUACAACAGACGCAGCAUACAACAGCCACAGCAUACAACAGACGCAGCAUACAACAGCCACAGCAUACAACAGACGCAGCAUACAACAGCCACAGCAUACAACAGACGCAGCAUACAACAGCCACAGCAUACAACAGACGCAACAUACAACAGCCGCAGCAUACAACAGACGCAGCAUACAACAGACGCAGCAUACAACAGCCACAGCAUACAACAGCCGCAGCAUACAACAGCCGCAGCAUACAACAGCCGCAGCAUACAACAGCCGCAGCAUACAACAGCCGCAGCAUACAACAGACGCAGCAUACAACAGCCGCAGCAUACAACAGACGCAGCAUACAACAGCCACAGCAUACAACAGACGCAGCAUACAACAGCCGCAGCAUACAACAGACGCAGCAUACAACACCCGCAGCAUACAACAGACGCAGCAUACAACAGACGCAGCAUACAACAGCCGCAGCAUACAACAGACGCAACAUACAACAGACGCAACAUACAACAGACGCAACAUACAACAGACGCAGCAUACAACAGCCGCAGCAUACAACAGACGCAGCAUACAACAGACGCAACAUACAACACCCGCAGCAUACAACACCCGCAGCAUACAACACCCGCAGCAUACAACAGACGCAGCAUACAACAGACGCAGCAUACAACAGGCGCAGCAUACAACAGCCGCAACAUACAACAGACGCAGCAUACAACAGCCGCAACAUACAACAGACGCAACAUACAACAGACGCAACAUACAACAGACGCAGCAUACAACAGACGCAGCAUACAACAGACGCAGCAUACAACAGCCGCAGCAUACAACAGACGCAGCAUACAACAGCCGCAGCAUACAACAGACGCAGCAUACAACAGCCACAGCAUACAACAGACGCCAGUGUUGGCAGCAUCACUGGGGCUCCGCAGCAUGGUAUACCCCAUAAUGACGAGCACAAGAGAAUAUGCUGAAAAUGAAGUAACGAAAGUGAGAAUGGAACACAUGAAGAGCUUCCUUGACCUUUCUUCUUGA